AUGUGGUUAGUUGCGAAAAACAGUUCCCUGCUGUCGCCUAAUCUGACGCUGAUCAUUUUACAUAUUGCCUUAAGAAAUUUAAGGGUGUUGGGGUCCAUCGGGCCGAGAACCUCGAUACAUAUUGGCAAGAAUUCCAUCGAGGGGAGGGCUUUCCCAUAUUUUUUCAUUUUCUCGUCCGCUGCCCUGGCCGCGGCCAAACCGCAUUCUUUACUUGUCAGGUCUUCAAUUUAUUUUAAACUGUUUCAACUCUGUUUUGAGACCUCACAAAGUUGGACCUUUGACCUCACGCCAAAUGACCCCUUAACCACCCUUUCCCAGGCAUGCUGCGACAUCUCGUAA